AUGUCAACUAAGGCCACACCUGCCCCAGAAGACUACGACGAUGUUCGCAUCCUCGGAUACGACCCACUGGUUUCACCAGCCCUCCUUCAGAAUGAGAUCAAGGCCACAAAGCGCUCUUUGCAGACGGUGGUACAGGGUAGAAAGGAUGCUAUGAACGUGGUCUCUCAGAGAGACGACCGUUUGCUUGUUGUAGUCGGUCCAUGUUCCAUUCACGACGCCGAUGCUGCUUUGGAGUACGUGGACAGAUUGAAGAAGUUGUCAGACUCGCUUUCCGAUGACUUGGUGGUGAUCAUGAGAGCAUACCUUGAGAAGCCCAGAACCACUGUUGGGUGGAAGGGUCUGAUCAACGACCCUGAUCUGGAUACCACUUUCAACAUCAACAAGGGCUUGAAGAUUUCCAGAAAGCUUUUUGUUGAUCUUACCGACAGAGGAAUGCCAAUCGGCUCGGAAAUGCUGGACACCAUUUCUCCACAAUACCUGAACGACCUGCUCUCUUUUGGAGCUAUUGGUGCCAGGACCACCGAAUCGCAACUCCACCGUGAGUUGGCGUCGGGGCUGUCUUUCCCUAUUGGAUUCAAGAACGGUACUGAUGGUUCGUUAGAUGUGGCUAUUGACGCUGUCCAGGCCGCUUCUCAUUCCCACCACUUCAUGGGUGUCACGAAGCACGGUCUGGCUGCCAUCACCACCACCAAGGGUAACGAGUUCGGGUUUGUUAUUUUGAGAGGAGGAAAGAAGGGCACCAACUACGACGAGAAGUCUAUUGCUGAGGCCAAGCUGAAGCUCCCUCCAACCGGCGUGCUGAUGAUUGACUGUUCCCACGGAAACUCCAACAAGGAUUACAGAAAUCAGCCCAUUGUGUGUGCUGAAGUCGCUAGACAGGUGGCGAAGGGCGAGGACAAGAUCAUUGGUCUCAUGAUCGAGAGUAAUAUCAACGAGGGAAAGCAGAACAUUCCAGAGGACAAGUCCCAGCUGAAGUAUGGAGUUUCGGUCACUGACGGGUGUGUUUCCUGGGAAAGUACCGUUGAUAUGCUUCAGAACCUGGCCGAAGCGGUCAGGAGUAGAAGAGCCUUGAAGAACAAGGCCUAA